AUGGGAAUUAAAAAUAACAAUGGUAACCUUACAAAAGCAGAUGCCCCCAGCGCUAUUUCUAACAGCGAGGAUGCUCAGAGGUCGCCCACGGCGCUCGCCUUGAACGAAAUGGAAACAAAAGACACACUCAUCAGACUGCACGUUACUAAAUCCAAUCUCGGAAAUACAGCUGACGUCAUUCAAAAGCCACCAUAUGCCAGACAGGAUUCUCGUGUAUCUGUCAAAUGUUUAAUCGAAGACAUAGAAAAGCAAGCUGCACAAAAAUUACCAACGAAACAUUUGUCAAGUGUUGACAAAACUAGUUCAGCCAACAGUUCGACUGGCAGCUUAAACAGUUUAUCAAAUGUGCAGCAGUCGACAAAUGACAUCAUCAGUACUCUUAGUCCUACUAAUAAUCGAGAUGCCAAUUGGGCUGAUACCAUGUUUGAACAAAAUACACAGAGUGGACAUGGAUAUGUCAAAAAUCCAUUACGAGAACAAUCUCAGCAAAACAAAUACCAAUAUUUGUCUAAAACCACACCUGUUACUCCUAAAACAUCAAUGAAACUGUACAACACACAUCCUGAUGUGGUAGCGGGAGGUCCCACAUAUGCUUAUUUGAAAAGCAAUUACAAAUCAACUCAUGGCAAAACCGCAGAUGAACAGAAAAUUUCAGAUUACACCAGGAGAAGCAGCCAUGGAGAUCAAGUAGCCGAACACCGCGAUCCUCUGAACGCCCUCUACGCGAACGGGGGCUCCAAAAGGAACGCCCUCUUGAAGUGGUGCCAGGAACGCACUGCUGGAUACCGGAACAUUGAUAUAACCAACUUCUCUUCGUCGUGGAACGACGGCAUGGCCCUCUGCGCCCUGCUUCAUACUUACAUACCAGACCGGAUACCCUACGGAACGCUGGUGCCGAACGAGAAGCGACGCAACUUCAGCUUGGCCUUCGCGGCGGCCGAGAGCGUCGGCAUCCCGACCAGCCUGAAUAUUAACGACAUGAUACAAUUGGAACGACCGGAUUGGCAUCAAGUAAUGGCGUAUGUGAUCGCGAUCUACAAACAUUUCGAAGUUUAACAUAUAUUAUUGAUUGUAUUACUAGAUUUUUAGUUGUUAAUGAUUACUAUGUGAUGAAGUCGACGAUAAAGAAAAUAAUAAUUAUUUUUUGUAUAUAUGCAUAUAAUAU